AUAAAUAAAUAAAUUUUGCCAGUCCAUAAUGCCCUCUCGCCGUCCCCCUCUGCAAUUGUUCGAACUCUGGGCUAGGGUUCUGCAGAAUUCUGUCUCCUCUUCUUUGGACUUCAUCGAAUCGUUUUCUAUCGGAUUCCAGUAUCAUUCAGCAGUUUAGACUUUACUCUCAAGGUCCAGAUCUCACCUCCAAUCUCUGUUAGGUAACUCCAUUAAAUACUUCUAAUUCCGUUUGUUCUUUUAAGGACUUAGGUUGUGCAAUUGGAGGAUUUAUUUUUUUAGUUUAAUUUAUUUGCUUAUAUUUUUUUUAGUUGAGGUGUUAAAUGUAGGGUUUUUGCCUUAAGCAAAAAGAAGGGAAGCCAAAGUCUGUUUCUAUUUUCCUUUUAAGUUUUCAUCAAGUCUCUCUGGAUUGAAGUGCUUAGGGGACUGUGUGGCUAGGACGGGUCAACCAGAUCUGAUUCUGCUGGGCCGCCCCUGUCCCGUUGCUCACUUUAUGAUAUUUUACAUUUUCCUGAUGUUGCUUUUUGCUUCUGAUAUUUGCUCUUCCAUAUCAUCUUUACUGUGUUAUUUAGAUUUGCUAUGAUGAUGUAUUGAAUGGACAAAAUUAAGUCAAUGAGGUUCAUCUGUGCUGGGUAUUGAUUGGUUCUGCUUUGAGGACGGCAUAUUCGAUCUAGAACUAGGAUUGAAGCUGUUAGUAUUCUUUUUCAUUUGUUUAAUUUGUACUGUUUUCUACGUGUUGUUGAACCUGUCUCCUCCAUGCCUCACUCCUAUUUUUUUAGUUGUUCUAUUUCUGAUUUGGUUAGGCUCUUUGUUUAGAUGUUUGCUACUAUUUUUGUCCAUCAGCAUUAAAUGUUUAUCCAUUUUUCUUUGCUUAGAUGAAUAUUGGUCUUGCUUGAGUCUUCCCUGUUGUCCUCCUAGAUUUGUUUACCUACUAUUACCUUAAAAAAAGAGUUGCUGCUGAAAUGAAGUAUUUGAGUUGCUAUUCGGAAAAUAGUACUAAGACUCGGUUUUGAGUUGCUGUUUGAGUUGUUGUUUGUUUGGUAGUUCAGUAGAAACCUUGAUAAAAAUGCAAAAAUAGC